AUGGCGGAUCUAAAUGACAUAGAUCUCGAUUCCAUCAUUGAUAGGUUACUAGAGGUGCGCGGUAGCCGACCGGGCAAACAAGUCCAGCUUCUAGAAGCAGAAAUUCGCUUUCUUUGCACCAAAGCUCGAGAGAUUUUUAUCUCUCAACCAAUUUUAUUGGAGCUAGAGGCCCCCAUUAAGAUUUGUGGUGAUAUUCAUGGUCAAUAUUAUGACCUACUCCGGCUGUUCGAGUAUGGUGGCUUCCCUCCCGAGGCAAAUUAUCUUUUCCUUGGCGACUACGUUGAUAGAGGCAAGCAGUCUCUGGAAACCAUAUGUUUGCUCUUAGCAUAUAAGAUAAAGUAUCCAGAAAACUUCUUUAUUCUCCGCGGAAAUCACGAGUGCGCCUCCAUCAAUCGUAUUUAUGGGUUCUACGAUGAGUGUAAAAGAAGAUACAAUAUCAAGUUAUGGAAGACUUUUACAGAUUGCUUCAACUGCUUGCCCAUAGCAGCAAUUAUAGACGAAAAGAUAUUUACUAUGCAUGGUGGUCUUAGCCCGGAUCUUAAUUCUAUGGAACAAAUCCGUCGGAUUCCCGAUUGUGGUCUACUUUGUGAUCUUCUCUGGUCCGAUCCUGACAAAGAUAUCACAGGAUGGAGUGAAAAUGACCGUGGGGUCUCUUUUACCUUUGGCCCAGAUGUGGUCUCUAGAUUCUUACAAAAACACGAUAUGGAUCUGAUAUGCCGUGCUCAUCAGGUUGUCGAGGAUGGCUACGAAUUUUUCUCAAAACGCCAAUUAGUAACGCUUUUCAGCGCACCAAAUUACUGCGGAGAAUUUGAUAAUGCUGGAGCUAUGAUGAGCGUCGAUGAAAGCCUACUAUGUUCGUUUCAGAUUUUGAAGCCUGCGGAGAAAAAACAAAAAUAUGUUUACGGUGGCCUAGGUUCUAGCAGACCAGUUACUCCUCCGAGGAAGCAAAAUAAGAAAUAG